AAGCAUAGUUUCGUCUCUGAUGGUUAUCUAAACAGUGUUCAUGGGACCUCCGCUCUUCUGAAUUUCACACAUUCGUUUGAGAUCCAGUACUCCCUUUCGCUCCCAAAUUACAUCUCCCCCCUAUUGGGUUUCUCUUUCUUGAACCCAUAUCACCUCUCUCUCUCCCUCUCUUCCGUGAUUGACCGUCAAGGCGUCUCGUCGAAGCCGUUUUCUUCGAGUUCCUCAACAAUGGGAGCCGUUAGACUGGAGGUUCGAUGUCCAAAAAGUGUUGGCGGAGUCGUUAUUGAUCCGCAGCCGGAUUGGGGUUUCGACACGCUCUUGUCGGAGCUCAGUUCGAUAGAAGACAAGCUUAAUGCGUCUGCACCGUUUCCUUUUACCAAAACCAAGUCGAGGGAAGUUUCCUCGGCAAAGUCUGUUGAAAGGAGGGCUUUUGUUAUGCGCAUAGAUGAGAUAGAGGAUGUUGAAGAAGACUACGAGGAGGAAUCUCAUGACCAACUUAUGGUUGCUGGGAGAAGAUUUGCCUGUGAUGACUUUUACAUCAGCGACAGCGAUGAUUCUGAAGUAGAGUUGCCAUGCGGAGCGCCAUAUCCUUUGAUGGACAAAGUAGGAUUGGUAGAAGGUGCAUUGUUAGAGCUCACUCAUGAACAUCAGCUUAGUGUUACGGAGGUAGUCAGGAACCAGGUUUUAGCACUGGAGACAGAUCUGAUGGAUGAGAACAAGAAGUUUAUUUAUGCACUUAAUCGAGUUAAGAAAUAUACCGAAGCACGGCAGGAAAUUGAGAGAAAACAGGAUAUGCAGUAUCAACGUGAGAUUGCAGAAGCACUGGAUAAUCACUUAACAGCAAUUCAGAGGGACCACGAGCAUAAAUCCCAAAUAGAAGAAAGAAGAAUUAGAGAUGAUGCAGCUAUUGAGGAGGCCAAAAGAAGAGAAAAGGCUCUUCAGGAAGAAAAGCUGCGGCAAGAAAAGGCUAGACUUGAGGCUGAAAGGAAGAGAGCUGAAGAAGCAAAAGCAGCUGCUGUGGAAGCUGAUAGGAAGGCAGCAAAGGAAGCUGCGGAAAAAGUUGCCAAGGAAGAUUCAGCAAGGGCUGCUGCCGCUGCUGUGGUUGCUUCAGCUGUAGCUAUUGGGCGUCAGACAGGUGCCAGCUCAGUAGUUGUGAAUGAUGGAUCCAGGAAAUUUAGACCUGAUGGAGUAAAAGAAGUUCUACAAGCAGGAAAUAUACUUAAGUGUGCAGAAAGCGCUAUAAAAUUAGAGGAAAGAAGACAACAAAUUUACAAGGAAGUUGCCAUUAAAAAUGAGGAGCUGAGAUUGGGUUCAAACACUGACCCCCUCAACCAUGGCGCAAAGAUACGGAGACUGGUCAAAACAAUUACUGGGUUGAAGGAUAACGUAAGAACCAAAGCAGAACAAUUGGUUGAGAUAUUCUUUGAUUCAUCUUGCCCCCAGUCGAUCAGUGUAGCAAUUUUUGCCGAGAAGAUCGUGGACCAGUGUCUUACGCCAAAUAAGGCCACAUUUGCUUAUGCUCUUGCCGCCGUUCUUGUUUCUUCACGGGUUCCACUUGCUAUGGAUCUUCUCCUUGCCCAGUUGAAUAGAGCUUGCAUCUACACUGUCCCAAAGCAUAUUACUUACUCCAAGACGCUAUUUGGAACGAAAGAAGCUUAUCGCCAAGCCAUUGGUUACAAAGAAGAAGACGGGGUGCUUGAGAGUGAAGAGAAAUAUGUUAAACGGGUAGACUCAUGUAUGAGACUUUAUGGAGCUCUUGUUCAGACGGAGGAUGGGGGUGUCCAAAACAAGCAUGGUCUGACAGAAGGUUGGGCAUGGCUUGCCAGAUUCUUGAAUGCUCUCCCUGCAAAUUUAUAUACUGGAGUUGCAUUGCUGGCAUUCCUUGAAAUGGCAGGGUUUGCUCUCUAUAGAAGAUACAAAGCUCAGUUCAAGAAGUUAUUGAACAUCAUUUACCGGGACUUUUUAAGUGCACUUAAACAACGGAGAGGAGAUGCAAAGCUCACGAUAGUCAUCACUAGUAUCCAGAGUUACAUAGAGUCAAACAAGUUCCUUGAGGAACCAGAAGGAAGGUCCCUGCAGAGUUCUUCACUAUCACGAGAGUGUGCUCCGGAUGAGUAUGCCCAAGCACCAUCAUCAUAUCAUCGCCCAUCAAACAGGGGUUUCUACCAGUAUUAGACGUCAUUGCAUCUUCAAAGAGUUUGAGUAGUAGUUGCGCGAGGUGUAAUUUAAACCAAAUCUUUGGGUGGGAAAGGAGGAGAAGCUUUCCAUCCCUGGUUCUGGUUUAAUCCUCCAUAUUCAUUUAUUUUGGAAUUCUUAUUUUUAGAGUGGGAUUCCAACUUAGCUCCCCUUGAUCGAGAUUUUGAGAAAAGUCUCUCUUUGGAGGGCACUGUUUGAAGAAAGUCGUAUGCUGUAUUUGGGGUAAUUAUUGUCUAUUGUUUACCUCUGUUGUAGAAUCAGAGAGUGGAGUAGUAGUUGCACGAUGUGUAAUAUAACCAAAGCUUUGGGUGAGAAAAGAGGUGAAGUUCUCCGUCCCUGGUUCUGCUGUAACUGGCCUGGCAUGGAUCCUCGAUGUUCAUUGAUUCUGGAAUUCUUAUUUCUAGUGUGGGAUUCCGACUGAGCUCCCCAAGGUGAGAUUUUAAGAAGACUUUCGCUUUGGAGAGCCAUGUACAAAGGAAGUUGUAAGCUGUAUUUGGGUAAUUAAUAAUUAUUGUGUGUCGUUUACCUCUAUUGUAGAAUCGGACGAGGUAUAUCUUAUUUAUAAUUUUUACAAUGGUGGGAAUAUUUAUUUGCUAAGGGAAAUAUUUGGGAGUUUGGCUCGACUAAUUUCCUUA